ACUUUCAUCAAUAAUAUUUUAAACUGAAGAUCAUAUUUGUGCUUGUGGCAGUUUUUGCAUCAUCCAAUGGUUUUCCAAAAAUACCAUCGAUUAUACCGGAUGGUAGAAUCAUAGGGGGCGAAACAGUCAACAUUAAGGACUAUCCAUACCAUGUAUCAGUACAAUACUAACAAAUGCACCUCUGUGGUGGUACUUUGAUUGGUAAAAAAUGGGUUAUAACUGCUGCCCACUGCACCUAUGGAAACCGUUUGAUAAAAUUCGCUGUUAGGGCUGGUUCCUCAAUCUACUUCACUGGAGGUCAAGUCGUCCCAGUAAAAAAAAUAACCGAACAUCCAAAAUUCAAUAGAACAACUUUGGAUUAUGAUGUCUCUGUUUUAGAGCUAUCAGAAGACAUAACAAUUGAAAAUGCCCUCCCUAUAGAAAUGGCCGAUGCAGAUGCAGAAGUAAAGACUGGAUCAAUUGGAACCAUAACAGGAUGGGGUAGUGUGAGUAUGGAGGAUAAAUAUAAGCCGUCCCAUGAUUUACAGAUGGUACAAAUACCAGUUGCUGAUUCCAGGGUUUGUAAAGAGGCUUAUGGAAAUACCAGUAAACAUGUCAGUGAAAGGAUGAUCUGUGCCGGAUAUGCUGAAGGAGGAAAGGAUGCUUGUUUUGGUGAUUCUGGAGGUCCCUUAAUUGUUGAUGGUAAACUUACAGGAAUAGUGUCAUUUGGAUAUGAAUAUUGUGCGGCCCCAAAUUAUCCAGGGGUGUACUCCAGUGUCCCAGUUUUAAAAGAAUUUAUUGAUUCUGUAGUGAAACAAGUUUAAAUUUUAAACAAUUAAAUGAAAUAAUAAAAAA